AGAGUAGUCUGUCUACCUAGACAGGUGAGGGGACUCCAGUGACGUCUGUGUGUUGUUGGUAGAAUAGUCUGUCUUCCUAAACAGGGGAGGGGACUCCAGUGACGUCUGUGUGUGGUUGGUAGAGUAGUCUGUCUACCUAGACAUGGGAGGGACUCCAGUGACGUCUGUGUGUGGUUGGUGGAGUAGUCUGUCUACCCAGACAGAUAUGCGACUGGGGACAGUGCUAGUUGAUUCUUUUGUAGACUGGAUGAGUUCAGCCUUGGGAGUUUUCUUGAAAUAUUUUAAAAACAUUAGCAAAGCAUCCGCUGAGAGCGAAUUUAUAUAAUUCAGAAAAGUAAUUUCCAAUAAUAUAAUUAAGUGAUUUUUAUCUUCCCAUUUUAUACUACUGCGGUUAAAUAUCCACGCAGUGCCAUGAUAUAGACAAUGGUAAAAGCCUGCUACCUGUAGUGGACGUCCUGCUGUGUAUGAAGGUAGCAUGUCCUGUUGACACAGACAACGGAUGUACUGGUUAUUUUGACAUCCCAGUACCUUACUGACAGAUUCUCAUGCAAACCUAGAGGCAUUGGCAGCAGUGUCUUGAAAUUGAUCCCGAGGGAGCUGAUUGUUAAUGAUGAUAGCGCCGCUCCGGCACCGAUUCCUUCCAUUGAUCCGUGUACGGGAUUGAUUUACCUGAGAGAGCAGGUUGCCCUUGUCGCUAAAUUACAGGUAGAUGGGGACGAUAACCGACAACACUCAGCCUCUCUCGCACGUUCUCUCCAACACACCGACAGUCAUGCUUCAACACAGCUUGAAUGACUAGAUAGGCAGCUAUGGCGACAUCAGACGCGCACGUGAACGGUUUGGCGGUGGUCAGUUUAGCCUACCUGGUGUCCAGUCUGACCGGUGCUGUAAACAUCGGAUUCAUCUACCACGAAUCUUACAACGCCAGCAUGGUCCUGUCGACGACACUGCCCUUCAUCGCCGCCAACGAUGCAUCAUCCGUUGUAGGUAUAGUGGAGAUACGUCUGGCAGAUGGGGACUCAGUGGCCAUCAUGCAUGAAGUUUGUGAAGAAGUUCAGAAUAACACUGUAGGGUUCGUGGUUGUCUCCCCCUGCCGCCUGCUGACCCUACUAGAGGUCGCUGUGGGUCGUCUCGAUGUUCCUGUUCUCGGUGUUCACACUGACCCCUGCCACCACAGGGUCACGGUACCCUCCUCCUUCCGUGUACAGCCUCCCUCGGAGUACCGCCAUAACGCCAUCACCAGCCUCGUGCUGGCCGAGGGAUUUGUACAGGUCGCCAUACUUACAGAUGUGUCGGAGGCACAGGUCACACACUUCCGGUCCCUUCUCUCUGGUGUCUUUGUGGAGUCGUCCGUGACAUAUAUGUUUGGAGGCUACAAUGCACGCACUGCGACAGCACUGUUGUCAAGGGUUACAGAAAAAGGAGAUACGCCGACGUGCCUCAUCCUGAUGCUAGGGGAGCAAUCGCUGAAGGAAGUGUCUCGUCUUCUGAGCACCACUGAAGACGACUUUGAGGACAUCAUUGCCAUAGUUGUACCGUCUUCAGCUGUCAGCUCCACACACGGACUGGAAGGUUUCGCUGAGUUCCACGACGUCCUCUACAUAUCUGCAGCCAGGCCUAACUUUCCCAGCGAUGUCAAGUGCUUGAAUACUACAGAUGCACACGUGGCGGACUCCUUCAUGGCCCUUUCAACGGCGAUCAACGUCAACGUGGCAACGGCAGACAACGUCACCACCAAGCGGUGCGGAGACAGCUACAUCGGCGUAUCGUCUGUGGCUCAACGGGUCACUCACAGCUUACGUCAGUUGGAAACAAACAGCACGCUUUUUGACAACAAUGGACACAAUCAGAUGAGUUUUUACAACAUCGAUAGGUUGCGGUACGAGAACAAUACUUUGACGUCACAGCAUGUGGCCACGUGGUCGAGGAGGGGUGGACUGGACGUCCCUGGGGGUACUGAAUUGUUCCGCCAGAGUACCAAAGGUCUUGGGAACAUCACACUGAGGGUGGGCACAAACGGGGCCGCACCGUUCGUGAUGAAGCUGCCUAACAACACGGGCUGGGAGGGUUUCUGUGUCGACAUCUUGGACGAGCUGGCGGCGAGGCUCAACUUCAGGUACGAGCUGAUACAGUCUCCUGACGAGUUCUGGGGCACGGUGGAUGAAGACGGCAACUGGAACGGUGUGGUGGAGAUGACGAGGAAGAGGUCUGUUCACCUGGGUAUCGGACCUAUCACUCUGACGUCAGAGCGGGAGAGGGUGAUUGACUUCACCAAACCUUACAUGGAGGAAGGGACGGGGAUCAUACUCAAGCGUUUCGAGGACAAAAGCAGCAAGAUGUUCAGGGUGUUCAAGCCGUUCACUGAGAGCGUGUGGCUGUCCGUGGCGGGGGCCGUGCUGGUGGUGGGCUUCACGCUGGCCCUGGUCAAUCACCUCAGCCCCGUCCAGCAGCAGCAGCAGGAGGAGGAGGAGCAGGAGGAGGGAGAGCAGCAGCAGGAGGAGCAGGAGGGAGAGGGCAAGAGGAGGAGGAGAGGCACCAGCGCGUCAGACAACAUCUGGAUAGUGUACAAAUCCUACAUGGAGCAAGGUUCUGAGAUAGCCCCACCCAACAUCUCGGGGCGGUUCAUCCUGGGGUUCUGGUGGGUGUUCACUAUACUCAUGGUGGCCUCCUACAAGGCCAACCUCGUCGCCUUCCUCACCGUCAACUUCGUGGGCAAACCCAUCAGGAACAUCGGCGACCUCGCUGAUCAGACCGCCGUAAAGCCCCUGGUCAAACAGGGCUCCAGUCUGUACCAGGAACUCCAGAAAGGAGAAACUGAGACUUUCCGGAAGUUGUGGGCAAUGGUUAAAACAGCGCCAUCUGUGAAGAACAAUGACGAGGCACUCGAUUUGGUUCUGACUGGUGACUAUGCGCUGCUGACUGACCAAUCACAGAUUGAGUUUCUGCGUAUGACAGACUGCGAGAAUCUCAUCUCUGGCGAGACUCUAUCCAGUGUGGUGGAUCUGGGGUUCAUUGUUCCAGAAUCAUCCCCAUUACUGGAGAUCCUUUCCUUAAAUCUGAUCCAGCUCCAGGAGGCGGGGCUGACCGAGAAGUGGCGACGCAAGUGGUGGUCAUCCAGCGCCACGUGCCCCACGUCCAGCCAGGCCAGCACGGUCCAGAGCCUGGAGCUGGAGAGUACAAGUGGACCGUUUCUGGUUUUCGCCGGCUCCACCACCCUCUCCCUCCUCUGUCUGGGGGUGAUGUGUGUGUACUUCAGGGUGGUGGGCAGAGGGAGGGUGUGUUGCAAAUCAGAUAGAUCUGAAGGAACGCCGGAAACAGAGGCUAGCAGUUCCAGCGAGAAAAACACGACCGUGACGUUCUGAUGACAAGUCUGUGCCAGCGCCGUACGGGAGUACUACAAACUGUCUUGUAUGGUUCCAUGGCGGGAUACGAACCACGAACAUUUGGAUGAACAUGGAAUAUACCUCAUUCAAGUCCAAUUGUGUUCUUUGCUACGCACUCAAUGCAUUAUAAAUGCAUGUGUAUCAACUUUCAAAACGUUUUACAGUAGACAUGUGGAGGACAUUUCCAAAUCUGCCCCAUCAGUGAUAAAAAUGAUGUCCGAUGCAAUUCCCUAUUUGGAUUUGUAUCAUAU